CCAGCUCAGUGGGGUGACCUCGCCCCUCCAGCCCAGUCCCCUGGGGAGGGUUUCUCAGCCUGCGGUCCAUUGCCAACAACACAGAUUUGCGUGGAGCAGAUUAUAACGAUCUGGUCUUCUCGUUUCCUCCCCAGGACAGAGCCAUAAUGAGCCAACACUGCACUAAGUUUUCUGGCCUCUGGAAGAUGGUGGUGUGGGAUGAGGCAUUCUUCCAGGGCCGGAAGAAGGAGUUCACCGCCGAGUGCUAUGACGUGAGGGAGUGUGGCUUCCAGACAGUCCGCUCCUUCAAGAUUGAGAGUGGCGCGUGGGCAGGCUUUGAGCACGUGGGCUUCCAGGGUCAGCAGUUCGUUCUGGAGCGAGGUGAGUACCCUCGCUGGGAGGCCUGGAGCGGCAGCCAUGCCUACCACGUGGAGAGGAUGAGCUCCUUCCGCCCCAUCGCCUGUGCUAAUCACCAGGACAGCAAGAUGACGGUCUUCGAGUGGGAGAACUUCCUGGGGCGGAAAGGGGAGCUGAGCGACGACUACCCUUCGCUGCCAGCCAUGGGCUGGGGGAGCAGCGCGGUGAGCUCCUUCCGCGCUCACUCUGGAGCCUGGGUCUGCUCCCAGUUCCCUGGGUACCGGGGCUUCCAGUACAUCCUGGAGUGCGACCGUCACGCGGGCGAAUACAAGCACUUCCGGGAGUUGGGCUCCCACGUGCAGACCUCCCAGGUUCAGUCCAUCCGGAGGAUCCAGCAGUGAGCGCUGCCAACCGCCAGGCCGCUGCCACUCCCUUCUGCCCCUCCGCGUCUUACCCCUACCUGCCUUCUGCUGGGCCCCCUGGCUCAGGGCCCACUCAGCUGUGCUCAAAGCAAAGCUCAAUAAAGGUACACUUGUCUAACCAGCCAGGGCUGCUAAGUCCAGCUUAUUGCAACCAGGGCGUUAGCCCAGGGAGACCCUCCCGGUUUCAGGAUAGACAAUGUCAGGAGAAUGUCACUGCUAGAUGCAGUGGGGCAGCCCGACUGGCUCUUUGUCCCUUGCUCCAGCUACCGGACAUGUUGGCCAGGGAGCAGCGUGUCCUCUGG